AAUGCAUAAACUAAUCCUCUUUCUCAUAAUUUAGUUAAAUGCAUGCAGGUAACAAUCAGAGCUUCUCAUCAAGUUACAAGCUUGUUGGUACCAGACAGAUUUAAUAUUAUAACCAAAAGCAAAGAAAGAUGUAGUCUUAGUUAUCUUGAGCAGGCUUACAUUGAGUCACAUUUCUUCCAUAUACAAUCGCUGGUCCAAUUUGAAAAGCAGAAGUUUCUUUCUAAAGGUGUAUAUGUGGGACUACAGAACCUAGUCCUGACCUAUGUCAAUGCCAUCAGCAGCGGGGACCUGCCCUGCAUGGAGAACGCAGUCAUGGCCUCAGCCCAGAUAGAGAACUCGGCUGCAGUGCAAAAGGCCAUGGCCCACUAUGAUGGGCAUAUAGGUAGCAUAAAUGCUAACAUAAAGCCAGAAAUUUAUGCCAUGAACUUCACCUCCAAGAGAAAAGGUCUUCAACAGAAAGACAGGAUAAGGAGGAAGGAUGUGGUCCUGCUGAGGUGCCUGUUAGCCCACCUAGAAAAAAGGCGAGAUGACUUUUAUAAAGAGAAUAUGAAAGCAUCAUCGGAUCGCUGCUCAGCUUUACUUAAGGAUAUCUUCCAUUCUUUAGAAGAAGAUAUAAAGCAGGGGGUUUAUUCUAAAUCAGGAGGAUAUCGUCUCUUAACACAGACUGUGCAGGAGCUGAAGAAAAAGUAUCUUGAGGCACCAAAGAAGGGAAUACAGGUAAACAGCAUUUAUCUGUCUCUGUUGCUCCCCUAA